AUGCCUAUCUACUCCAGUCUAUUCAAGCAAUCAACAUUAGAUCGAUCAUCGCAUCUCACGUUGGUGCGCCCAUCUCUAGCAAAGGCAAGCACCAAGCCUGAGACAGCGGUAACAAGGGCACAAGCAACUUCUGUCGGGUUGGUGAAGGAGCACGUUAGACGAAAAGUCGGCCCUUGCAGCCUGUUUACCAGAGGAACCCGAAUCAUCGGCUUGGAGCACUCAUUUGAGGAUCUUUUAGGUGCUCUUCGAAUGGCCGGCGUCGUGGAGCUCGAAUCGCGUCCUCGUCCCAGCAAUGUACCCUCGUCAGCUAUCUUCCCUUUCGCGACCAUGCUGGAAGAACCUGACUUUGCUGAAGGGAAUGAUUAA